AUGGCUCCUAAAGUCCUUGUCGUUCUCACCUCCCAUGACCAGAUCCCUGGCGUCGGACCUACCGGCUGGUAUUUGCCCGAAUUCGCUCAUCCAUGGGAAGUCCUUAAUAAAAAGACUUCCUUGACCAUUGCCUCCCCAAAGGGCGGAAAAGCCCCACUGGACCCCAACUCCGUGAAGAUGUUCGAAGCAGACCCCGUGUCCAAGUCUUUCUUGCAAAACCAGGAGGCACUAUGGAGCAACACGGAGAAGCUGGCCGAUGUGGCUCCCCGCGCCGGAGAGUUUGAUGCUAUUUUCUACGUUGGUGGACAUGGACCCAUGUUCGAUCUCACAACCGAUCCAGUUUCCAUUUCCCUCAUCGAGACUUUCGCUGCGGCCAAGAAACCCGUUGCUGCGGUCUGCCACGGACCCUGUGUUUUCCUUAACACGAAGAACACAUCCGGCGAGUCUCUUAUUGCCGGUGCGGAGGUGACUGGAUUCUCUAACUUGGAGGAGGACCAGGUGCAGCUUUCGGCUGCCAUGCCUUUCAUGUUGGAGACUGAGUUGCAGGCUAAGGGUGGUAAGUAUGUUAAGGCUGAUGAGCCUUGGGGACCUAAGGUCAUUGUUGAUAAGACGAACGGGAUUGGAGGUGUUUUGAUUACUGGACAGAAUCCCGCUUCGGCUACUGGAGUUGGAGAGGCUAUUCUCAAGGCUUUGGGGCUUUAA